AGAAGACCCUGCUCGUCCAACUCUACUCCAUCUUGCAGCAGAGCGGAAUUUCCUGCAUGUGGCAAAAUUACUCACUGAAACGUAUCCCUCACUUUUAUAUUUGGAAACUGAGGAAGUUUCUGGAGAGAGGGCUUAUUUGCCCGUGGAAAAGGCUCUCUUGUCAUACCAAGAUGAAACAGCAGCAUAUCUUAUAUCACAGAUGAAACAUGACUGGUGGGUGAAAACUGCUAUUAUGAUCAGAGUUUUUCAUAUGCACUUUUAUCAUAUUUGCAUGGAAAAGGCGUGUUAUAAAUUUUAAAUAAAUAAAAAGUUAUCAUAAAUUAUUAGUUUCAAGCUUACUUUGUGAUAGAAAUGUAAGGUUUCUAAAUGGACAAUCAUGAUUGCCAUUUUCAGAAUGUGUUUAAUAUUCUGCAAAUAAUUUUUGCUUAUUAGUCUCACUUGCUUUAGCAGCAAGACUCUAAGAAUGCAAGCGUUUCUUUUUUCUGGUGUGUGCACCGAAAGGAGGGUUGUGGUCGCAGCCAUUCCUAGCAGAGACCGUGGAAACUGGAGAUAGAAUAGUGACGUGUCACAGCACCAUACUUUAUUUUGUGAAGAAUUAGCUUAGUAAAGAUGGAUUUGAAAGAUGUUGAGCUUUUCCAGAACAGGUCGGUCCACGAAUUCUAUCGCUUGAAAGCGUUGAUUACUUUGGAACAAGUGAAUACUUUAGUGAAAACUUCAAUGGUGGGGCUAUAAACUGGUCGGAUGUUGUACGCUUUAAUUGUAUGCAAAUGAGUCUCUUGUGAUGAGCAUGCAGUUUAUUUUCAGUCAUGAUUGAAAUGAUGUGCCAUGUUCAUCACAUUUUUGGUCUCUGGCAAUGAUGUAAUUCGUCUCAAAUUGAUUUUUGUGUGUUUAUACAAGUGUACUCAAUCAUCAUUAUGAUAUAAAAAGUAAGUAUCCUGAAGAAUACUCGACCAUUGAUAAAGUAGGAAGUGAAAAACUUUUAGCAAGAAAAUCCGGUUUCGUGUAGAAUUAAUCGCCUCCUCAUUUCUUUUCUAAUCUCCAAACAAGCAAGACUUAAUGCUUUUUUAAGAGUGUUCUUGUUUCACAAGUGUUCUGGGCAUUUUGGUUGGUCAUCACACUCAUUGGAUGGUCAAUGGUAUUCUGGGGAGAAGAUGAGUGGUAAAUUGAAUAAAUAAAUAAAUAAGUUACUUAAUCAUCCUCCACCUUGUUGGACUUUUCAGGGAUAACAAAUGCAUCAAGUGGAUCAUAACAAGGUUAAGAGUCCUAUUUAGUAGAAGGUGGACCAGUUAGCUAUAUAUAAUAAGCGUGGUCGAGGAUUUGAACACUGGAAUACCAGGAACAAAUCCAGCUAGCAGUCAGUGUGUGUGAGACUUGAACCCGGGACAUCUGGAUUACAAGUCCAGCAUGCUGACUGCUCAGCCACAAUGCCUCCUUGAUGUUAAUUAUUUUAUUUUUUUUCUUACCAGGGUUCAUGAGCUGUUCUUGUACAAUGAUGAGUUGAAGAAAUCAAAGUUUAGUUUUGGACACUUCAUCAGUCAUAAAAAUUCUGUAACAAAUAAAUAUGACAUGAAGGUGAGAUAUAUGGCGGUAUUAUAUACAUGUAUUCAGUAUACAUGUAUAGAUGAAUAUCUAUCUAUUCAAUCAACUAGGAACUAAGCCCUGUUUAGAUGAAGAAAACUUGCCUUGGCCCCGGGGGGGGGGGGGGGGGGGUGGGGUACUCCUAGGAAUUCUUGGUGGGAGUGUGCCGCCUGGGACUCCAAAUGCCAACCCUAUUUCAGACCAAAAAAUGUAAUUUUCCACUCAAAAGAAUUCUUCAAAUCCAUUUCGAAUUUGCAUAUUUUUCUUUCUUUCUUACAUCUGGAAUUGACAUGAUAAAUACAUUCACACAAGCUCCCCCAGUUCCCUCAAAAACCAUACCCGUUUUCAGACCAAAAUGGCGUAAAAAGACCCUACCCGAUGGGGGGGGGGGGGCACAUACCUAUAUAGCUUAUGUAAGGAGGUACCCCCCCCUCCGGGCCCUGGGUGACUCAAGGAGGGCUAAUUGCCCACUCAAGUUACCUGGGCGAGCCAACGUUUCCUACAUUUCCCUACUAAACUUGGUGAACCAUUUUCUUGAAUAUAAACGCUUGCUCAAGUUGACUUUUCUCUUUCCCAGGACAACUUUUCUAUAUUAUAUAACUGGGUGCCUAAAUUUCAUGUAGGACUUUGAUUAUUGCACUACAUGUACUUUUAAGUUUAUCACACUCUUCAUUAAUUUUUAAUAAUGUGCGUUACCACAAAAUGCAUUUGUGGCCAAGAUGGUGGCCAUACAGAAAACGGGUAAAGUUCAGGUACUUUUAAACAAUAUUUUUAGUGAAAAUUCCUGGAGUUAUUGUUGAUGAAAAAUAAUAAAGAAUAACCUGUUAUUUUAUCGAGAUAGUACAUUUAAAAGUCUUAUGGCAGUAUUUCCUUCACAAACAACAGAAAAUUACUAUCCUACAAAAUUCGAAAGCAAAUAGUUUUCUUUGAACCGUUCACGGCUUAAGACGUAUGAUAGGCAUUUACGAAAAAUUAUUCGCUUCUCUGCUGCCAUGCAUCGUUUUGAAAAAAAUACUUCGCAAAGAACCAGUCGAACAUAUAUAGCAUGAGGACUCUUGUAGACUAAGCUCUUCCCCGACAAGCGCGCGAUAAAUAACUCAGUUAUUCUUAAAUGUGUUUUUGUCCACUAGAAAACAGUGGUAGCAGUGUUGGAUCGACUUGUCAACCCACACUGGCCUUACUUACCAGAGAAAAGUAAAGAGCUAGGGGACAACAGUGAUCGCAUUGAACGAGCAUGGAGUAGUGUCCCUGAUGACCCAAUGAACUAUGAUUUCUUCUAUCAUAUUUUGGAUGCUGAUGAAGAAGGGAGGCAACCGAAAAUCGAUGAGCAAACCUUGAAUGAGCUUUUUAACAAGAAAUCCAUGUCUUGUCUUCGCCGGAUUGCCGAGAGUGAUGAUAAGGUGCGGAGUAUUUUGAGUGUCGUGUGA